AUGUUCUGUUGUGGUGGAAAAAAGAAAUAAAGAGAAUAGGUUGGAUCAACUAAAAUGAAGAGUAAGAUCUUAACUGAAUUCUCUGAAGAAAUAAAUGAUGAAGCAAUGACUCUCUACUAAUCACCAUUCUGUCAAAACAUAUCAAUAAUGUUUUAAUAUCCUGUAGACCCUAAUUCAAUGAGAACGGGUUCCAAUACUAAGAUUACCAGAUCUGUUGAACGCUUGACUAAUCCUCUUCCGAAAAUAGUGCCUAGAAAAACAUCGUUCCUUAACUUUAAAUACAGUAAAACCAAUCAGAAUACAAAAUUUGUUUCGGCUAAAAAAGGAUUCACUUUAUUGGUGACAAAGACCAAUCCUUGUUGA